AUGAGUAUGUAAAAAACUCCUGAGAAACAAGAAUUAAGUUAAGCUUUACUCUUAUCUAUAAGUUAAUAUUCAUGGGAUAAAUAAAUUAGAUUAACAACGGAUGAGGAUGUAUUAUGUAGUUAUAGUAAAUUGUCAAAUGAUUAAGGAAGUUAUUUAGAAACAAAGAAAGAUUAAGGAAAUGUAUUCAUUAAAAAAUGCAAUCAAGUUUAAAUUGAUGAUGUUUAAGAUCAAGAACAUAAAUAAUUAUUAUAAAUGUUGAAAGAAAAAGAUAAGAGAAUAGAACAAUUAGAGCAUUAUUAAGUAUGGUUAUAAGAAUAGAAUGAGAAUUUGAAAUUAAAUUAACAAAUGAUGAUGUAAAUUUCAUCUGAAUAUUAGUGA